AUGAUUGUAUCUCAUGUAAAUGGAAAGUUCAAAAUUACCAAGUUUGAUGAAGAACAUAAUCACCCUCUUCAUACACAAGAAACAAUGCAUUUGCUACCAUCACAGAGAAAUUUAUCAGAAGCUCAGGCUCAUGAAAUAGAUCUUGCAGAACAAUCUGGGCUUGAGUGUCAAGAAGCAUUUGACUUAAUGAGUACAUAUGUUGGCGGUCAAGAAAAUCUUGGUUAUACCAUGACAGAUGCAAAGAACUAUUUGAUGAACAAAAGACGAAGACAUAUGAAGUUUGGAAAGGUGGGAUGUCUUCUUGAAUAUUUUCAAAAACAAAUUGGGGAAAAUCCUUCAUUUUACCACAAAUACCAGUUAGAUAUGGAACAACAAGUUACUAAUAUGUUCUGGGCAGAUGCUUGUAUGUUAAAAGACUAUGCACAUUUUGGUGAGGUCAUAUCCUUGGACACGACAUAUAGUACAAAUAGGGAUCAUCGACCCCUUGCACUCUUUUCUGGUUUUAACCAUCAUAGAAGCGUGGUGAUCUUUGGAGUAGCGCUAUUGUAUGAUAAGACCAUCGAAUCUUUUAAGUGGCUACUGGAGACUUUUUUGGAUGCUCACAUACAAAACAGGCCUCAAACUGUGUUUACUGACCAGGAUCAAGCAAUGGCUAGAGCAUUAAGUGAAGUACUUCCUAAUACAAGACAUUGUUUAUGCAGUUGGCAUUUGUUGCAAAAUGGUACUAAACACCUUGGGAACUUGAUGAAAGAUGGUUCACACUUUUUAACUGACUUCAAAAGAUGCAUGUUUGAUUAUGUGGAUGUGGAUAAGUUUGAAGAAGCAUGGAGUGAAUUAUUAUCUUCUUAUAACGUCCAUGAAAACAAAUGGUUGAACUCCACUUAUAACAUUAAGGAGAAAUGGGCUAAGUGUUAUAUGAAGGAUGCUUUCACACUAGGAAUGAGAAGCACACAAGUUAGUGAAAGUGUGAAUGCUGAUGUGAAGAGAUGUACAAAACUAAAAUUAGAUAUUAAUCAAUUCUUCACGAGGUUUGACAAAGUGAUAAAAAAGAAACGAUACAGAGAAUUGGAGCUUGAGUAUGAAUCUCGGCAAAAGAUACCAAGAAUGGUCAAUCAAAGUGCGCUUAUCUUGCGCCAACUGGUGAGAUCUUAUACCCCUGCUGCCUUUGAUAUGUUCCAAGAACAAUAG